CACUAAAAGUCGCAACCGCGGACGUAAACAACGCGACUUUGUCGUAGUUUUUCUGAGUUCAGAAUUUUCCGUUGAUAAUUCAGACACAAGUAUCCAUACUUCGAGAUUUUUGAGAUUCGGUGGGAGUGCGGCCGGAUAAAAUUAACGGUUAAUAAUUCUCCCUUUAAUUUCGUUCCUGCAACGGUUAAUAGACGAAGCAGGGUGAAGAGGAAUUGAUCAAAACAAAGCGAUUAUGCGAAUUAAAUUUAAAAUAUCAACCAACUAGCGGGAGCGCGUUUAGAAAACAUAUACAAAUAAAUAGCAGCGGAUAAAUUGAACGUUCGUUCGGGAGCGUUUUAUGCGAAACAAGCAAUAAUUAAAUAUAGCGCCGACGCAAGGCGAGUGGGCGACAACAACAACAAUAUUAAAGUCAACAAAAGAGCCAACAAAGUUAACAAACCACAACGACAAUCGGCUGGAGAAUCAUCCAAAAUUCUUAUUGAUUUUCUUGAUUAGUGUGCGGGUCCGUGAAAAACGCAACAAAAGCAACCACUUUGAGACGACAUCAAACCAAUCCCAUACCCGCACCACCCAUUCCCUUGCACCGCGCGUACACACUCUCGUACGGGAGAAGAGCAUAAGUGGCGGAUAAUCAUCAACUUUGUUGCACUGGGGCUCCACUCCAAUCAGCAAUGUCGUAGACAAGUGGCAGUUGUUGUUGCCUGUUAGUUUAUUAAUCAAGCAGCCAGUAUCCAGCCCCACUGUGCGAAUACGAGAGUGCACGCGCGAGAGAGGGCUGCAGGCAAGGCAACAACAAAAGCGAAAGUUGCCGUGCUGUGUGUAUAUGCGCGUGUGUGUGUGUAAAAAUGGUGGAUAAGAAAUAAGCAAUAAUUAAAUGCAAAUCCAAAGCAAAUCUUCCGCCUCAAAAUGUGCGAUUGCCAUCAUCCGAUUGUCAUAUAAAAAGGAAUUUCGCUGACAACGUAUUGCUGAGAGGGAAGAGGGCCCCCACCAUCACAUAGGGAGUGGCCGGUAUAAGGUUUUUGGGAAUAUUGCAAAAUUGGAUUUUCGCCAUCAACCAACAACAACAACAACAGCAGCAGCUGCAGGAACAGCAGCAGUAGCAGGAACAACAGCAAAGACAACGAAAUGUGGAUACCAUCGAACAACAAAUACGGAGUUGCCAUCCACAAUUGGCAUGGCGAUGUCCGCUUCGGCCUGUCCCUGGAUGUGGGCGACUCUGUGGACAUUGUGGAGGAAUGUACGCACUGGUAUCGCGGCUCCUGUCCGCGCAAGUCCCGUGCCGUUGGUCUCUUCCCCAAGACGUACAUACACAUCAAGGAUCUGUCGAAGAUUGAUCCCGUGGUGGCCGAAUGUACGCAGGUUCUGCGAGAAUGGUCCGAGAUCUGGAAGCGCCUCUAUGUGGAUCGCGAGACUUAUAAAUUUCAGACCCUGCGCAAAGUAAUGUUCUCCAUAUUGGAGAGUCGUCGGGAACUUUUGAGUGCCACCAUGACCCAGGAUCAGACACUGGAGCUGCAAAUGGUAGUGGUCUCCAAAAUUGACUGGGGAAAUCGGAAGCUUGGACUCGAUCUGGUGCCGCGCGAGGGUCCCCUGGCCGUGGAUCCACAUGGCAUUGGUAUCGUCAAGCUGUACAAUGUCCAUGUGAGCAGUGCGGACAAUGCCAAGGCCUCAUCGAGUCGCGGUACCUUGAGGAGAAAGACCCCACGGAAGAUACUCACGCAUCAUUUGUACUUUUGCAUGCGAGACUUUGGCCAUCGCAUCGGUGGCGAUGAUGCGGAGGUAUAUUUCUUUCUCUACGAUGGAAGCCGCAUGCGUCCGCUGUCCGAACGGUUUCUGGUCAAAAUCUCCAAAGAUGGUUUCUCCAAUUACAUCGAAAAAUUGCACAGCAAUUGUACUGUCUUUACGGAUUUGGGUGCCGCCGAUCUGAAUGAGGAUCUCCAUUUGGUGGCCGUUGUGAUGCGGGUGGGAAAGAUCAUACAGUCGGACUCCAUCAAGAAGAUCGAGAAAAGUGGCAGCCAUGGCACUGGGCCCACCUAUCGUCGACCCUUUGGCGUGGGCGUCCUCUCCCUGGCGGACAUUGCGCACUUUGACAGCAGUCUGGAUCAGGCCUCCACUGCCUCCGAGGAGCGGGAGUACAACUUCAAGCUGUACCAGAGCGAGGAGAAGGACUUCCAUCUGCUACCAGAGCUGAUGAUCAAGAAGUCGAGUGGAAAGUACUCGCCCAUCCAGACGGGCAAUCAGAGCACCCAGGGCAUUGUGGUGUCCCUGAAGCUGCUGCACGGUGGCUUGGGGCAGGCUCGCCAGGAGCAGCCGCUGCUCUUCCAGGGCUCCACUAUUACACGGAAAAUGGGAUUCCCCGAUGUCAUUAUGCCGGGAGAUGUGCGGAACGAUCUGUUCCUGUCGCUGGAGCGUGGGGAAUUCGAGCGCGGGGGCAAGAACACGGGCAAGAACAUUCUCGUGACGGUUGUGGUGCUGGACGUGGCGGGCAAUGUGCUCACCGACUGCCUGUGGGGUGCCUCGGGAAUGGACGCCCAGCCGCAGUUCCGCUCGAUGAUCCUGUACCAUCAGAAUGCACCCAGUUGGAACGAAAUGCUGCGCCUGAGUGUGCCCAUCGAUAAGUUUGCCACCGCCCAUGUGCGGUUCGAGUUCCGGCACUGUUCGACGCGGGACAAGACGGAGCCGAAGCUGUUUGCUUUCAGCUUUGCGCGGCUAAUGGAGACGGGUGGCGCCACCCUGGGCGAUGGCCAGCACGAGUUGUAUGUGUACAAGUGCGAGGAUCCCAGCAAGCUGCAGGCCUCCAACUAUCUGCGACUGCAGUGCCGCCCCAGAGACGCACAGGCCAAGAUGGAUUGCGGGGGAUGCUUCAGUCGCAGCUCCAAGGAGGUGUUUGUCCUGCGCUCUCUUCUCUGCUCCACGAAGCUCACGCAAAAUGCGGAUCUGCUUUCGCUGCUGCAGUGGCGCGCACAUCCCGACACCAUACAGGACUCGCUGACGGGAGUGCUGCGCCUGAACGAUGAGGAGCUCGUGAAGUUCCUGCAGGACGUGCUGGACGCCCUGUUCGCCAUGUUCUCGAACGAGGAGGGGAACAGCACCCAGCACUCGGGUCUGGUCUUCCACGUCCUAGUGAGCAUCUUCAGUCUGUUGCAGAGCAACAAGUUCCAGCACUUCCGACCCGUAAUGAACGAGUAUAUCGAGAAUCACUUUGCGGCCGCUCUCGUCUACAAGGGUCUCAUCACAUCCGUGGCGCAUAUGGCCGUCUUUAUGACCAAGGCGGAGCAUCCGGACCCGUUCCAGAAGUGCUUCGGCUCGCUGGAGUACAUAUUCAAGCUGCUGAUUCAGUCGCGGCGUCUGUUUGCGCGCGCCACUGGCGGCCAGUACGAAGACUCGUUCCGGCGGGACCUCCAUUCGCUGUUCACGGACCUCAAUGGGAUGCUGGCGGUGCCGUCGUACGAUGUCAUCAUACCCACCCAAGAGGCGCUGCUCAAUUCGACGGGCGUGGUCCUGGAACAGCUGAAGGACACGCUGCCAGCACCAGAGCUGGGCAUGCUGGCGCGGAAUAUGCUGGAUGCCAUACCGCGUGGUGCGCCCAUACGCUUGAUUCAGGCCAAGCUGCAUGCGGUCAAGGAUCUGGUGUCCGGCGAGCUCUUCCACGAGGAUGAUUCCCGCACUGUGGUUCUGUCGGUGGCCUGCAAGCACCUCCGCAUGCAUCUCAGUCGGCGCGAUGAGCUGCGCUUGUGCGCCGAGAUUCUCUCGGAGAUUCUCAGCCAGCUGUUCGAGCUGCAGCGCGAGCAGCGGGAGAAAGUCACCAACACGCUGCAGCACGAUCUGGACUCGCUGUGCAAGAACAUACUCGGGAUACUGAUACGAACCAUCAGCAUCAUUAUGGAGGGCUCCAAUGCAGUGCUGCCGCAGUUGGUGUCCUGUUUGCUGGGGCUGCUGCAGCUCUUGGAUGAGACGCACUACAAGCGCUACUGGGACGAGCUCAGUCCCAACAACAAGGAUCCGCGCGACCUCAAGGAGUUCCUCAGCAAGUCCCUGCUGGUGUACGAGGAGCUGCUCACGCAGGACUGGCACGUGUUCCCCAACGAUUGGCUCGUGAUGAAGCUGGCCGCGAACGAUGUGCUGCGCAUGUCCCUCGAGGAGUUUGCCAAGCCGCUGGUGUACCGUUUCCUUGGUGCUCAGGCCUUUGAUUCGCAGCUGUGGUGGAGCUACUUCAGCCUUGCGGUCUCCUUCCUCACGCAACCGUCGCUGCAGCUGGAGCAGUACAGGGAGCCCAAGCGGCUGAAGAUCCUCCACUCGCAUGGCGAUAUGCGCGUCCUGAUGGGCUUCCAGAUCCUGAGCAUGUGGUCGCAGUUGGGCGAACAGAAGCUCCACUUUAUACCCUCGAUGGUGGGCCCCUUCCUGGAGGUCACACUCGUGCCAGAGCCCGCACUGAGAAAGGCAACGCUUUCCGUAUUUUAUGAUAUGAUGCAGUGCGAGCAGCAGGCGGCGCGCGGUUCCUUCCGCCUGGUGGAGAGCGAACUCAUCGACAAGUUGGAUCUGCUAAUUAGCGAGAACAAAGGAGAUGACGAGUACAGGGAGCUCUUCAGCACCAUGGAACAUCUCAGCUUGGUCUUGCUGGAGAAAGUCCAAGUGGAGAAUCCCAAUUGGAAGGACGCUGGCAUUGCAUUUAUAGCCUCUGUUACGCGACUCCUGGAGCGACUACUCGACUAUCGCAGUGUGAUGCAGGGCGAGGAGAAUCGGGACAAGCGCAUGACCUGCACCGUGAAUCUCUUGAACUUUUACAAAAACGAAAUCAAUCGCAAAGAGAUGUAUCUGAGAUACAUUUACAAGCUGCACAACCUCCACUUGCAGGCAGAGAACUACACGGAGGCUGGCUUCACCCUCAAGUUGUAUGCUUCCAUGUUGUCGUGGGAUCGGGAGACCCAGAGCUUUGCCCCCUUCGACAAUAGCGGCCAACCAGAGUGGCAGCGAAAAGAGCGACUAUACCAUGAGAUCCUCAAAUAUUUCGACAAGGGCAAAUGCUGGGAGAAGGGCAUUCCGCUGUGCAAAGAGCUGGCCCAACUGUACGAAACGCGUCGCUUUGACUACAAUAAACUGAGCGAAAUACUCAUACAGGAGGCGAAAUUCUUUCAAAAUAUCUUAACGCAGCUAAGACCAGAGCCGGAGUACUUUCGAGUGGGAUUCUAUGGCAUGGGUCUGCCGCUGUUUGUGAGGAACAAACAGUUUGUGUAUCGUGGCCUCGAGUACGAGCGUAUCGGUGCCUUUACGCAACGCCUGCAAACGGAGUUUCCCAGUGCCCAGAUUUUGGGUAACAACAGUCCACCCGACGGCGCCAUUCUCAAUGCACCCGAUCAGUAUAUACAGAUCAGUAAUGUGCGGCCCCUGGGCGAUGCUCAGGCCUUGAAGACGGCCAUGGUGCCGGUGCCGGAGAAAAUAGCCCGCUUCUAUGAGGUGAACGAUGUGACGAGAUUCAUCUACGAUCGACCCAUAUACAAGGGACCCAUCGACAAGGACAACGAGUUCAAGUCGCUGUGGAUAGAGCGGACCAUCCUGGAUAUAGCCAGCCCACUGCCGGGGAUUCUGCGUUGGUUCGAGGUCAAGCAGAAGUCGGUGCAGGAGCUGACACCCGUGGAAUAUGCCUGUGAGAUCAUCAGCAAUGCGGGCAAGGAGCUGUCCGAGCUGAUUGUCCAGUACAGACGCGAUCCGAAACGCAACAUCAAUCCGUUCUCGAUGCGCCUGCAGGGUACCAUCGAUGCCAAUGUGAUGGGCGGCAUCAGCAAGUACCAGGAGGCCUUCUUCUCGGAUCAGUUCCUCAAGUCGCCGCAGGGCGCCGGCCAGCAGGCGAAUGUGCAGCGCCUGAAGGGUCUGAUACUCGAACAAAUACAAAUUCUGGAGCAGGCUCUGGAGCUGCAUGGACAGUUGGCUCCCAGCGGCGUUCAACCGCUACACAAUCGCCUGCUGGAGCGAUUCUCCCAGCUGAAGCAGAGUCUGUCGGGCAUGGGUCGCCUCAAGCGGCAGCACUCGGACAGCAUUGUGAACACGCCACUGCCGCCUCUACCCACGGAGCAGCGCACGGCGCAGGCAGCAGCAUCCUCCUCCAGCAGCCAGAAUGCCAAUCCCAAUGCCAACUAUGUUUACGAGCUAGAUGAAAUCUACACGAGACAGGUAGACACUGUGCGUCCCGUCGAUCCCCUCAAUUCGUAUCAGACGCUGAGCAAGGAGAGCCUUACCAUACCGCUGGACGAGAGUGCUGCGGCUCCUCCAGUGCCCAAUCGUCCCCGAUCGCAGAACUUUAUCGCCAACGGAGGAGGAGGAGCCAUGAUGGACAGUCCAGAGGUGCCGCCCAAGCGGCAGCCGGCAGUUAACUCUCCGAACGCACCACCGCUGCCGCCGCGUGGAAUUACGCCGGACAAGCGAGCAUCGAAUCCUAUGAUUUUCAACGAUUUUGGAGGCGGCGAUGGCGUCGGCCGUCGCCACUCAUCCCAGCACCAACAGCAGCAGCAGCAUGGCCAGAAGUACGCCGUGGUAGACAUCAGCUUCGACGAUCCCGAGGCUGAUCAGCAGCCGCACUCGCUGCCUCCCAACUUCCAGGAUGGUGGCGGCGGCGGCGGCGGCGGACAUCUCAAUGUCUGCUUUGUCCCGAACGACUUCCGCGACUCGGGCAUCUCGACGACCAGCUCGCGCGAGCUGAAUCACAUGAAUCUCAAUAAUCUCAGCGAGGACUCCUCUUCGAUUUCGGCGGCCAGUACUGUGCAUCAUCGUGAGCACUGCCGCAUAAGCUCCAUCGGCAGCCUGGAAAUGCAUGCCACGGCCGCACCGAUGAAUAUCACGCAGCGGGAGAGCUCGACGAGCUCGUUCGAUGUGGAGGAUAUGCCGGUACCACCUCCGCCAAUACCGCCAAAAUCAUUGGGGGUAUCGAGCAAUGGAAUCUUGGCCAGCGAGGAGGCACAGGCACUGGCACACUCACCCAAUCCCAACACACAAGCCUACACACAAAUCAAUCACAGUCAGAAUCAGAAUCAUUCCAUAAACAAUCACCAUUAUCAUCAACCGCUGGGGCAGCAGCUGCAGCAGAAUGGCGAUGACGAGGGCGAUGGGUAUAGCACCUUGAAACACCAGCCGGCCAAUGUGGUAGCAGUGGCAGUAGCCCCAGCCUCAGCCCCAGCCCCAUUGUCGUCUUCUGUCGAGGUCACCGUCACAGCAACAGCCGCAGCCACAGCCACAGCCCCAGGCACAAGCACAAUCACAGCACCACCGGCAUCCGCAUUGACAUCUUCAUUGGCAUCUAGUCACCAGCACGAUGGCGGCACUUUUUGAGUUACAAUAUGUCGCUGCCAUCAUCCACCCGAUCAGCCACAUCAGCCACACAAGCCAUCAUCGUCCACAUCGACCUCAACCAGCACCACCACUGACACGACCACCGAGACCUCGGACUCCAGCUCCAGCCACUCGAUGACGCCGCCACCGCCUCCACCGCCGCCGCCCUCCUUCAGCCAGUUCAAUCAUCACGCAACAGUCGCAGGCGUAGUCCCAACCGAUUCGCCUGCAGCAGCAGCAGGAGCACAUUACUGUCAGGACUGUUUGUCGUCGCCAUCGCCGCCACCUACAAUCAUCACGGAGCAAGCUCUAGUGCAUGCCACCCCCGGACAGGCAACGCCUCAGCCCCAUAUUGAGCAUUGCUCGUGUGGCCUGAGCUUCUCGGUGGUGCAGAAUCAGCAGCAAAUGAUGAUAGCUUCGAGAUUCUCCACGCUAGAGCGUCAAACACUGGGCUAUCAGGUGGAGCAAGCUGCUGGCUGCCUGCAUCAUCAUCACCUGCACCAGCAUCAUCAUCAACCCCAGCUCCAGCCUCAGAGUAGCCAGGACGCACAGGCCCAGACGGACUUCUCCUACGCACAGCGCUAAGAGACAGAGGCGAAGGUCGAAAGUCACUGGGCACCCACAGAGAGUGAGAUUGAAUUUCGUUUAGUUUUUACGUGAAUCGUUUAUUUAUUGUACCUACUCGUAUUUUAUUCUGUUUAGCAUAAAUACUUUUUAGUUAUUGUAAUUCUUUUUGGUGCCAAAUGUUUGCUGCAAAUCCAAAGCGCAAUUGAAACGAACGUUGUAAUGGAAUAAUAGGUUGCUUCAUAAAUGUAUGUUUUAAUGUUUAGUUUAAUCGGCAAUAUUUAUACGGGGAAUUGUCUCUAAAGUUACUACUACUACGCAGCAUAUGCAUUAAUAUGAUAAGAGAAUAAAGAUGAACAAAGUUUAACAAUGAAAGAAUCAAAUACUAAAACCAAAACCAAAACACUGAACGCUAAUUAAAAAAAAAUCAGCAGCGUAUCAGAAAUAUAUAUGCAUAUAGAAAUAUACUAAAGAAAUAACAGAAGCAAGAAACACCGACAAAAUGUGCAAUGCAGUUGUUACUUUAACGAAUUACAUAUUUAUAUACUACACUAUGGUACAUAUGCGGAAGAGUCAGAGAUUAGGAAUUUUAAAGUGCUAACUAGCUUCGUAUGUGUAAGUUUUCCAUUUUUGUAAAUUUUUUAAAUAUACAUUUAUAUAUACAUAUAUGUAUAGAGUCUUCAUAUAUUAUGAGUGUGUAUCCGAAUCUACUUAUAGAACACGCAUCAAUCAAAAGCGUUUAAAUCGUAUCUAAACAAAUCAUAUUUAUAAAAUAAAACUAGUCAGCAACUCGAAUAAAAAUUGCAUGUUGCAGAGGAAGAGGAGAAGAGUAUAGCAGAGGGAUAAAAGCUCAUAUUGUCUAUAUAUGUAAAAUGCAUGGCGCGAAUGUAAGAAUUUACUAAAGAAUUUAAUAAACUA